GUAUGAAUGUAACUUCUCUCUGGUAAUAUCAAUCACUCAUAUGGUAAAAGCGUCUUAAACUUAACCUAUAAAAGUGUGCAUUGAUUGGAUUGAGAAAUUGCUUGACGAAGCACUUGAUAUAGACAUCGUGGCAAAACAAAACAUAUUCCAAUUUAUGUGCACAUAAUCGUAAUGAACAGAUUGACAGAAAAUCCCGUUACGGCUAUCAACUCAUCAUUUUACAAAAAUGUAUUUCUGCUUACACGGGUGGUACCACCAUCUUCACGCUUUCAGCAGCAUUUUAAGAAGGAUAUGUUUGAUAAACCCAAUACAGCGGGUUUCCUGCACGUAUCCCAUUAUCUGUCGAUUAUAUACAACGCAAUGCUUUUCAAACAAAUGGUCAAGUGGCCGAUUGCGUGUAAAAAGGACGAAGCAACAUACCGCAUGGAAAUAAGGAACUUUUUCUCCGUUCUGUCGCAAGACAAUCCCGACAUUAAAUUCCCAUCAAUACUGAUGUCCCAUCUAGUCCUGUCGUGUGGAACGAAAUUUCUGACCUUCAUGUGGAAGUUGUCACAGCUUGCUCUCAGAACUUAUAUUAAAGAGGAACAUUCUUUAGUUCAAGGAGAAUUGUAUGCCCCACGUACAGGCCCAAUGGAUGAUUUCACUAUAACAUAUUUUAAGAAUAUAAAUGCAGACAUGCGCUGUAACAUUGUAAACGCACAUGAGGAAACAAAGAGAAUUUGGGAUGUUGCAAAUAGCUUUAUCAAGGAUGAAAUCAAAACAUUGAAUAUGUAUAAAGCAGAGAUUUUUGAAAGAAAAGAGAGACUAAAAGAGUUAGUUUCUACUGUAUCAGUUAACUUGUUAAUUCAAGAACGAUUGAUGAAUGUUGAAGAUUCAGACAUCAUAGACUUAUGGAAAAUGGACAUUCGGGCGAAGCUUCAAUAUAUCUGUAGAAAGAAUGAGGAAUUUAAAAAAUUCGAAGAAUCUACUGCCCAGUUGUACAAAAUUAUCCGGAGAAUAAAAUCGAAUUCCGAAAUACUCGACGCAAAUCAGUUUCCCAAAAUUAGCUGUGAUUCUUACUUGUUACGUACACAAUUUUACGUGCAGAAGGAUGGCUCCUUUACGUUCUCCACUUUGUUAUCACUGCUCUAUAUGACUUUAACGCAAAUGCUAUGUCGUAUAAGUGCCGAUUUCUCAGACAUAUCACCAUACUCGUUACAUAUUCAAAACGCUUGCGAUAUUAUGAAAUCUCUGCAAAAACUAUCUGUUGCGCUAUAUACAAAAGUGAACAAUAUGCUUAACGAUGAACAAUGUACUUCUCAAAAAUUUGAAGAUGUUUGCACCAAUUGUAACACAGAUAAUUUACCGCUCACAAAUCAAGAUACAUUUCCACAAUCGCCUAAGAUUAAGUUCAGCUUCAAUCAAUGUACAAAUGAUCUUUUUCACAAAAACUUGUGUUCACCUCUGAUGGAAGGCAAGCAUAAACAUUUAUUUAAAAGGUACAAACGUGGAGAUUGUAUUGACGAACUGCCUACAGCAUUAUUGGAUCUUACCAGUUCCUGGAGUAAUAUGAGUGGAUGGCUAUCUCCUCGUGCACACUGUACCAAGUAUAAGAAUAUUUACAACGGGAAACCACUUUCACCACUCUAUUCUCGGCUGUUAAAUAAUUCUAAAUUGAAAUCAAGGUGUUCCAAAGAGAAAAUGUGCAGCCCAAGUGUAAAUUACGAGGCACUAAAUCUGACACCGAAAAAACGUCAUUUGGCAUCAGAACAUUUACUAAUGAAGAACAAUGGCAGAAAAACGAGAAAUCUUUUUGACUCUGCUAUGAUAGUAUCCUCGUCAUGUGCAUCUUCAGAUGCGGAAAAUUGACAAAACACAAAUGCGGAAUAAAAGUGUAGGAUUUUAGAUAUCGAAUUUUAGAAAUUGUAUAACUACUUUUAAUGGUUAUAUAAUUCUGAUGAUCAUUUUAUUUCGGUUAUAUAAUUCGGUAAAUAUUGAUUGUAUGAUUUGAUAGAAUAGUAAUUGAUGUGCUAAGUAUUUAAAGAUUUAUGUGAUAAAGCAUUAUUUAGACUUAAUAAUAUUGAUUUAUAUAUUUAAAUAUAAUGCAUAUAUAUAAUCA